AUGGGUGCAGGGAGCGAAAUGUUGACCAAGGACCUAAAAAUAAUGAGUUAUUAUUUUUAUAAGUGGAGAUUAAAUCCCAACCCGUCCAAGACAGAAGUAUGUGCUUUCCAUCUCUAUAACAGACAAGUGGAUAGUGAGCUUCAGGUACAGUUUAACAACACGAUAAUAAAACACAACCCCUCUCCUAAGUACCUAGGAGUGACCUUAGAUCGCUGUCUAACUUUUAAGAAGCAUUUAGAAAAUUUACAGAAGAAGGUGAGAUCAAGGAUAAAUCUUUUACAUAAAUUAGCUGGGACAGGAUGGGGGUCAGAUGCACAUACACUAAGAAUUGCAUCCCUAGCACUAGUGUAUUCUACAGCUGAAUACUGUUCAGGUGCUUGGCUUAGAUUAGAAGUUCUGGUUAGAUUAAUUGUAAAACAGGAUCCGUUAAACAAUUCUAUGUUAUCACAAAUACAUCUGAAAUCUAGAAAACCCCCUUGGAUCACUGCUCAACACCUUAUUCUGACCAACUUUAAUUCAACAACGGAAUGGCGUACUGCAUGGAAUAAUCUUACAUUCAAGAAUGCUGACUUAGUCGUUGACCCUACACAACCUCUGGAGGGUUUCAAACUACCCUGUCAAGAGUGGGUAUCUUUAAACCGUAUCAGAACCGGUCAUGGAAGGUGUGGUUAUUCUAUGCACCAGUGGAAGCUUCGAGAUAAUCCUGCUUGUGAUUGUGGAAAUGCGGCUCAGACAAUACAACACAUUGUGUCAGGCUAUCCUAAAAAAAAAUUCGAAGGUAAAAUGAGUGAUUUCUUUAGAUUAACAAGUGAAGCUCUUGAUUGGAUAGCUACCUUGGACAUCAGACUGUAG